UGGCAAAUGAAAGACAGAAAAGAAUGGCAAUUCAAAUUAAAAAAGAUGAAGCGACAAAGGAGAUGGAGCUGUGGAAAUUGUCUGAGAAAACCAUACUGAAAGAACUGAAACAAAGAAUAACAGCAGGACAUAAUAAGCAAAUGUACUUAACUACAGAGGGCAAACGUCUCGAGGGAGAAAUAGAGAAAUGGGACAAAGAGAUCUGCAGCAUAAGUGAAGAACUGGAUAAUGCAAGUAAAGAAAAUUUAACUGAAGAACAGAAUCUCAAGGAAGAGAUAAAGACACUGGAGGAUAAAAUUCAAGUUUGUAUUAAACACCUAGAAAAUGAGCAAGAAAAACUGGCCAAUAACAUUCCCAUUAUGAAGGAGGCUGAAAACACCUACAAUAGAGAGAAUACCGACUAUGAGGAUUUAAAGAAACAUACUGGAGAACUUAGAAGCCGACAAAAAUCCUUGGAGCAGUCCAUCAGCAAAAUUGCCAAGGCCAUUGAGGCCAACGUGAAUAUAAAGGAAGCUAAGAAGAACUCUUUAAAAGCACUUAGAAAUUCUGCAUUCAAUAAGCUCCAGAAUGACCUUGGGACUAUAAAGCAGACUGACAGAGACAUCUAUGAAAUAAACAGAAAACUUGAGCUUGUUACUAUGGAAAACUGUAGGCUGAAGCUGCAAAACACCCAGUUUAAGGAUGAUAUCAGUGCAAUUAAGAACGAGGCUGAAAAGCACAUAUCAGUUACACAGCAGCUGGAAGGAGACCUGGCGUCUCUUAUAGAAAACCUUCAUAAGGGCUGGGAAGAAGACAAUUUAAUUUGCAAUGAUUUUUCUGAAAGGGAUCAG